GUCAAGCGAAAGGUUCACAAACCGGAUAUUCGAUGCAUGACGUCGACUGCUUGCCAACUGUUUCGGGCUGACGUCUCGUCUGCCAGAGAGUGGCCAGAGAGAAUAUAAUUGACGUCUCGUCUCUCUCACGGCGAGCAGUUCGUGAACUGCGAGCAUUAUUUUGGUGUUUUUCUGCAGCUUGCUCCAAUUUGCCGUCAUUAAGUUCACGACAUGUUUCUAUGGGAUUGGUUCACAGGUGUUCUAGGAUACUUAGGUUGGAAUGCCCCAAAAGGUAGAUACGCGUUUUUGGGAGUGGGAGGAGCUGGAAAGAAAACGUUAAUGGAAGCAAUGGUACAGGAUGGUUUCAUCGAUCCUGUGCCAUAUUCAUGCUUAUGGAAAAAAUCAGGGAAGCUGCUCUUCUUAGGGCUGGAUAAUGCAGGCAAAACCACUCUACUUCACAUGCUCAAGGAUGAUCGAUUAGCUCAGCAUGUACCAACCCUGCAUCCAACUUCAGAGGAACUAUCAAUAGGAAAUAUGCGAUUCACUACAUUUGACUUAGGUGGCCAUCAUCAAGCGAGACGUGUCUGGAAAGACUAUUUCCCAGCUGUAGAUGCUAUUGUGUUUCUGGUUGAUGCUUGUGAUAGAGGCCGUUUCGUUGAGAGCAAGGCUGAGCUGGACUCUCUUCUGUCAGACGAACAGCUGAGCAACUGUCCAGUUCUCGUUUUAGGAAACAAAAUUGAUCGUCCUGGCGCUGCAUCUGAAGAUGAACUGAGAACUUUCUUUGAACUCUAUAACCAAACUACUGGAAAGGGUAAAGUACCACGAUCAGAACUUCCAGGACGUCCUUUGGAGUUGUUCAUGUGUUCCGUCCUGAAGCGACAAGGUUAUGGUGAAGGUUUCCGGUGGCUCGCUCAAUACAUUGACUGAUGUGGUGCUGACCUUUAACAUGAUCCUCUUUGUACGAAUUGUGUGAUGUGGAAAACAUACCAACAGUGUAUAAUUGCUGUUGAGGUCAGGUAUAUUUAGGAAUUUUGUAAAAACAGCUCUUGCAUCUCUGCAUAAGCUUCACAGAUUUACCCAUUUGAAAUGUGCUGUUCUGCUAUGUCUGUCUUGUAGUUCACAUUUUAUGUAAUACUCAUUCUUGGUUUUUAAAAGUCUGUUAUACAAAUUUCUCCUUUCUGGUACUUUGUUGAAAUUCCUUCAGAUAUGAGAACAGCAUCUCCCUCUGAGGUAGAACAUUUACUGGCAUAACUUUUCUAGAAAUUGCUUGGCAAUUUGUGAAAUACAACCCAGUCCUAGGCGUGAAUUUCAUUGAUGAAAUCAAAUGUAUCUCAAGCAAUGAGUGCAUCUGUCAAAGUGAAGUGGAAAUUCCUGAAAUUCACCCAGUUUUAACUUGCUUAGAUUCAGAGGACAGAAGAGGGUUGUUUUUUUGUAUAUGAAAAUAAAUUGUUAUGUGAUUCAAGUCCAUGUAAACAUGAGUGUUAGCAAUUUUUUUUAAUACCUUAAUACCAGAAUUCCAAAGUAGCCUUUGUAGAUGUCCCACUCUUCCUACUUUUACUGUGUAAUGGAACUGAUGAAACCUAUUCAGAAGCGUUGUGAACAUGUGCUAGUGAGCAAUUUGAAAGAGUACGUCUGAAACCAAAACAGCUAAAAUAAGUUCCAAGUGCUGUGAACUCAAGAAGUAGUGCUCUCUUUAAGUGAAAUGCUUGCAGUAGGCAUCAGUAUGUCUUGUAGCUAAUGUUGCUCGAUUCACAUAUCUUAGGGUCGUGUGUUCUACUUUAAAUUAUUUUUAGAAAAGAGCUGACCUUUCACAAUGUGAAAUAGUUUUAAUCAUCAAAGCACAUAUUUAUACUCUCUCACAUGUUGCGUAAUGUAUGUCCAAUUUCAGUAAUAAAAUGCUCUUGUCAUAAUGAGAAUUUUUACGAUAUCAUGGAUUGUUAUUUUAUACAUGGAUGUGUUUAUAUUUGUCAGCUCCAUAUAUUCUAUUCCUUGUGUAAAUAAUGUUUUAACAACAAAUAAAUUGGAGAUGGCAUUUGUCCCAGCUUAUUGUACAAUUUACGAACUGUAAGCAUUUAUACAUGUUCCAUUAACAUUACAUUUAAUACUAACAAUCUGUAUGACUGUUAGAAAUUCAAAAAAAAAUGGUUUUACUGCUUAACUAAUACUUUUAGACGUUGUUCCACAAUAGGCCUCGGUGAUAUGGUUCUAAACUCAAAAUUGAUGGUUUUAACAACAUAUGCUAAAAGUCUUCCUUGAGAAAUAUGUCACGAAUUACAAAACAUGGAUUGGGAUGUUUUGUAUAUUAUUGGGAAUAAUUUGUCUGUUAGAUUUGAACAUAAAUUCUCACAAAACUAAGCUUAGCAAAUGCUAUAUG